AUGUAUAGACAAAUACCUUUAUCUGUUGCGUUCAGUAGUGAAAACCCUGACGUCAAAAUAAAGGGGAACAGAGUAACGUUUAAGUUUCCAACAGACUGGAUUGUGAACAUAAAUGAAGAGAAGUACAUUGGCAUAACAUCUAUGUAUAUAACACGUGCUUUCAGAAAGGUUGACUUUAUACUUCAAGUCGAGAUAGAAAAUGACGAACAGUCUUUAAGCGCCCAAAACAUUCACAUAUACAAAUACUUUAAAGACGAUACAACAUUGCAACAAUGUAUGAUUUCAUUUAAUGAGAUGUUCGAGAAAAAGUUCAACAUUGAAGUACAAACUUUACAGCCUUUACGUGAGUUUCUUGCACAACUGAAAGAAGAAGGUAGUCAGCCACAACUUAUAGACUUUCAUUAUGAAUUUAAUGAAAAUGAAGAUGGAACACAUGACUGUCAGUUUGUUGUAUUCUCACCAUUCAAUGAAGUCGCUAAAGAGAAAGAAAAUCCAUUACGUAUAAGAUUUCAAAUCUCUGAACCAAGUGAUGAUUUCAAGAAUGUUUUCAAUUAUGAUGCAAUGCUUCCGAGGAAAAAUGAAUUUUCAAAGAUUGUAACACCU